AUGCCUGCCACAACUGCAGAGACCCUGUCGCUUGUUAGCAGACAAGUGUCAGUCGCUCCACUAGUUCUCUUAUCAGCUGCAGAUCACUACGGCCGGUCUGCAAAGGGGACACGGAAACGAGUAGUAGGUGUUCUACUGGGUCAAAAUGACGGCAAGAAUGUUCGAGUGUCGAACAGUUUUGCGGUGCCAUUUGAGGAAGAUGAGAAAGAUCCAUCCGUCUGGUUCCUGGAUCAUAACUAUGUCGAAGCAAUGCGGGAAAUGUUCAAGAAGGUCAAUGCGCGAGAAAAAUUGAUUGGGUGGUAUCAUUCCGGUCCGAAACUGCGAGCAUCUGAUCUCGAGAUCAACGAGCUAUUCAAGAAAUACACACCGAACCCUCUCCUUGUCAUCAUCGAUGUUCAGCCGAAAGAAGUCGGUGUACCUACAGACGCCUAUUUUGCGAUUGAAGAGAUCAAGGACGAUGGAACGACCACAACCAAGACAUUUGUGCAUACCCCCUCGAUCAUUGAGGCGGAGGAAGCAGAAGAGAUUGGUGUGGAACAUCUUCUCAGAGACAUCCGCGACGUCGCAGUUGGCACACUCUCUUCCCGAAUCACUCAACAGUUGCAGUCUCUUCAAGGCCUCCAUCUACGGUUGCGGGACAUCAGCACAUACCUUCAAAAAGUUCUUGAUGGCGAACUUCCCACCAACCAUGCCAUCCUCGGCAAUUUGCAAGAUAUUUUCAAUCUCCUCCCUAAUUUGACCACCCUUCCCGCAUCCCGACCGAAUGGCAAGAAUCAAAUCGAGAAUAGCGAGCUGGCUCGGGCCAUGAGCAUCAAGACCAACGAUCAGCUGAUGACCAUCUACCUUAGCUCGCUAGUCCGUGCAAUAACCGCCUUCCAUGACCUGAUUGACAACAAGAACCAGAACCGACAGCAACAGGAAGAAAAGGAGGCAAAGAAGGAUGAUACUGAAAAGAAGGAGGGUGAGAAGGAGAAGGACGAGAAAAAGGCAGGACCUAAUGGAGCGGUGAACGGGGACAAGAAGGAAACUGAAGAGACUGGCAGUGGAAAAGGCAAGGGGAAGAAGAAGAGCUAG